AUGACUGACAAGUACGACUGCAAGUCGAUUGGCUGCGUGGCACAGGAAAGAUUCGGCGGCACAAGAGCAGGAAGCGGAACAGCCGGUGACUUCCGCAGAUCAUGGUUGAUGCGUCCGUCAGCCGUCGACCCAUUGGAGCUGCGAAAACAGGGAACUGGGGUCACGGACCUCCUUGGUACACUCAACAUACAGCAACUUCCAAGAGCCUACGGAGUAGAGGUCAGAAGCACGGCAGACAGAGAGCAGAGAGCAUGGCAGAGCAAACAAGACCUAGCCGGCGCCGCUGCCUGCAGGGGUAUUCGCAGCAAAGCCUCCACGACCUCCUGGCUGGCGGUCCUUCCCACUGGGACAGCUUCAGGGGAGCCUAGUACGGAGUACCUGGUACGGAUGGUCAGCUACCUACUCAGCAGUAUACAUGAUGCCCCUGGUGCCUGA